CCUUCCUCCUCCUCCUCCUCCUCCUUCAGAAAUCCCCAAAUGGCAUCACUCAUGGCUUCCCAGGCUUUCUUCUCCCAAACCCUAACCCUAACCAGACCCCCCACCCCCUCCCCCACACUCAAACCCUUCUCCUCUCCCUCCCCUCCUCCCUUCCUCCACCUCAACCCCUCCACCCCCAACCUCCGCCGCCCCCUCUCCGUCUCCGCCGCCACCCACUCCCCUCCACCUCUCUCCACCGCCCCCACUCGCACCCUCACCACCCUCUUCGCCGUAACCCUAGCCGCCUUCCGCGCCGCCUCCCUCCCCGUCGUCACCUUCGCCUCCCAGUCCCUCCCGGCCCUCGCCUCCUCCGCCGGCCCACUCUUCUUCGCCGCCCUCAACGACCGCCCCAGCGGCUACCUCAACACCCCCCUCACCGUCGUCGCCGCCGGCCUCUCCAAGUGGCUCGACAUCUACAGCGGCGUCCUCAUGGUCCGGGUCCUCCUCAGCUGGUUCCCCAACAUUCCGUGGGACCGUCAGCCGCUCUCGGCGAUCAGAGACCUCUGUGAUCCCUACCUCAAUCUCUUCAGGAACAUUAUCCCUCCGAUUUUCGACACGCUGGAUGUGAGCCCACUCCUGGCUUUUGCAGUGUUGGGGACUCUGGGGUCGAUUUUGAACAACAGUAGGGGGAUGUACUGAUGGAGAUGGAGCAAUGUCGGCGGCUUCAGGAACUGGUUUUUGAUGGGAUUUGGGGGUAUGGUAGUUGUUAUUAGGUUGUGUUUGCUAUAAUUUUUGAUGGCUUGUUCCUAAUGUGAUAGCCUUUUGUUUUUAUGGGGAUAACUUUCGGAUUCGGUAUGAAAUACAUAAAUUUUUACACUUUUGUAUGGUUG